AUGUCUCGAAAAUAUUUCAUAAUCGUUGGUGCAGCUAUUAUUUCAUGCCUUCUUUUAGCUUUCGGUUCUUCGUAUAAUUCUCUAGGCUCUAGUCCGCUAAACUUGAAAUUGCCGGAUAAUACAAAGCCGCCAGCCGAGUCACAAUCUUCACUUCCCCUGGGUUUCCCCAAGAAGAUUUGGCAGAGCUGGAAAGAUGAUUCCGAUGACCCGACUGACCGAACUGUUGGCUUCCCGCAUCAAUGGCGUGUCGUAAACCCUCAGCACCGAUAUGAACGUAUUACCGACGCCAACGGCGAAACCUUCGUUGGAGACCGUCUCCCUUCGGCUAUUGCGGACCUGUUUGCUAAUUUCACUGAUCCUAUACUAAGGGCCGACUUCUUGCGGUAUUGUGUCAUGCUCGUAGAGGGUGGCGUAUGGGCUGAUAUUGAUGUCUUGCCUCAUCGUCCUAUCUCUGAAUGGGUUCCUCAGCACCACCUGGAUAAGGCAAAUCUCGUUGUAGGAAUUGAAAAUGACCACCACAAAAGGCCCAUCUGGCGAGGUUCUCCGUAUUCUGUUCAGCUUGCACAAUAUACGAUCUUGGCGAAGCCUUACCACCCGGCUAUUGCUUCACUAGUGGAUCGAGUCAAGGGGAAUCUCGAGAAGUUGUUUCAAUCGAAGAAGCCAGGAGGUACCGUAACCUUCGAGGAUGUUAUGGCGACAACGGGUCCCUUCGCAUUCACCGAGGUUCUAAUGGACUAUUUCACGAAUGCUACAGGUAUCAAGCAUACAGGAGAUGAGCUUGACAGUCUGAGAGAGCCAAAGCUCAUUGGAGAUGUGUUGGUACUGCCUAAGGAUUCUUUCGGCUGGCUCCCGCAAGAGCAUUAUCUCGAAGAGGGGGAUCCUGGUAUUCUAGUUGAGCAUCUGUUUAUAGCAUCCUGGCGCGGAAGCCAUCCGGGUUAA